AUGCAUAACCAUCCUUACCCGGCCGAUAUGCGUCGCAACGAGCAGCAGCGCAUGGAGUUUCCUUACGGCGCCCAGCCCAACAUGGCUGCGCAGCAGCAACACCACCCAACGCCAGUCCAGCCGCCCAUGAGUGUAUCGCAGCAGCCGCCAAACGGCCCGCCGUCCCAGCAGCAGACGCCGACUCAGCAGCCCGCUGUCCAGCCGCCUAAUGCCCGUCCCAGGAAGCGACCGGCUCAAAACGCUGCCCCUUCGCCCGCUACGGCCGCCGCUCCACCUCCCGUGCCUCCGGUUCAGGGUCAGCCUCCGGCGCCCACGCCACCCGCUCCUCAAGCCGCUCCUCCUUCGCAGCCGCCGCCCGCCGCGACCGAGGAUGCCAAUGCUGCUGCCGCCGCCGUGCCUCCUCCUGCCAAGAAGAGCCGCACCAACACGCCCUGGACCCCACAGGAAGAGCUGCGAUUGAAGCAGAUGCGAGAUGCCGGAAACAGCUGGGCUGAGAUUGCCAAGACUUUCCCUACUAGAACAGAAGGCUCCGUAAAGAAGCACUGGUACAAGGAUAUGCACUAUGCUGAGUUUGCCGAGGACGAAUCUGUUCAGAGCCAGGCGCUGUUGAAUGCUAUAAAAGAGUACGAAAACAACAAAUGGAAAGUGAUAGGGCAAAAAGUCGGAAAGCCAGCAAAGGCCUGCGAACAGUAUGCAAAGGAGCAUUUUCCAGAUCUCUUUGGCAAUCCCAAGGUGAGAUGA